AUGGCUCAAUUUGGUGCCGGAGAUGAAACUGUCUUCGAGCGUCUGCAACAGCGCGCAGACCCCAAGGUCCAGGAAGAGCAACAACAAGCCGUGAAUGAGCGCAUGCGAGCUAUUUACCAGAAAGCUCAAAGCCGUCUGGGAGAAUUGAUCGACGAGAACUCCACAUUGCCAUGUACCAUCUCCUCCGUUCAAGUCACCAAUGCACCCCACACUCGCCGAAGCUUCCUGGAGCGCAACUUGAACCCGCUUUUGAGUGCCAACAAGGGUCGGCCCCAUACAUUGGCUGAGGCGUUGCGGGAGAUAUCGGCUACUGCUGAUAAGCUUGGACGAUUCGACCUGUUCCACCAGCCUAUCUCGGUCUACUUGGACGAGUCGAAGGGUCAAAAUGGAAUGCGCAACAUCGACGUGUACCUGGCCACGCGCGAGAAGUCCCGCGUGCUACUGAAGACUGGAACCGAUCUUGGAAAUGCCGAGGGCUCUGCGUAUGGUAACCUUCUCUGGCGCAACAUCUUCGGUGGCGCCGAGACUCUGAAUCUGAAUGCCUCUCUCGGUACCCGCACCCGGUCCGCGUACCAGGCCGCCUUCGAAACCCCAAUCUUGGGUGACCCCGACUUCCGUCUGGAAGUUGGUGGCAUUGCGAGCUCCACGCAGAAAUCCUGGGCGAGCCACGAAGAGGUGCUGAAAGGCGGUUGGAGCAAGCUCCGUUGGAUGUCCAAGUCGGGCCACCGUCAUGAACUGGGUUACAACGGGUUCUGGAGACAACUUACCGGUCUUGCUGAGAACGCUUCUCCCACUGUCCGUGCGGAUGCUGGCGACAGUGUGAAGAGUAGCAUUUUCCACAGCUGGGUCAAUGACCAGCGUGACAAUGCCCUUCUCCCAUCCCGCGGGUACUACACCAAGAUCUUCAACGAGCUGGCUGGAUUUGGUCCCCUCAAAGGUGAUGUUUCCUUCUUCAAGUCCGAGAUCGAAACACAAGGUGCCGUCCCCAUCCCCAUCCCUGGAAUUAAAGGCGACAGCGGUGUCAGCUUUACUACUGGAUUCCGCGCCGGCCUCCUCUACCCCUUGGGACUUGACUCCAACUCUCGACCCCAGCUCUCUCGGGUCAACGAUCGUUUCCAGCUCGGAGGACCCACCGAUGUCCGCGGAUUCCGCCUCUGUGGCCUUGGCCCCCGCGAGGGAGUUGACUCCCUGGGCGGAGAUGUUUAUGCCGCCGGUAGUGCCAACUUGCUGUUCCCUCUCCCUCGUCUCGGAGCCGAAAAACCCGUUCGCUUCCAGGCUUUCCUGAACGGUGGCCGCCUGCUCUCUCUUCAAACCUCUCAAAAAGCCGCUCCUACCACCAAUGGCGAGGUGCAGGAUGCCAUGGUCUCUACUCUCUCUGAACUACAGAAUGGUCUGCCCAGCGUUGCGGCAGGGUUCGGAAUUGUCUAUGCCCACCCUGUCGCUCGCUUCGAGCUGAACUUCUCCCUGCCCCUGGUGCUGCGAAAGGGCGAAGAAGGCCGCAAGGGCUUGCAGCUGGGAAUCGGCAUCAACUUCCUUUAUGCUCUCUCCUCUCUUGCCGCCACGGCAAUGGCUCAAUACUACCCCCAACAACAGGGCUACGCCCCUCAAGGCUCCGCACAAAACCUCCAGUUCUUCCCCUCGUCCUACUCCUCUGUUUCUGGCCACACGACCCCUUCACAAGCAUCGUAUGGUGCCGGAUUCGGGGCCGCUCCCAAUCCCUCCGCACAGGCUUAUCCAGCUGCCGGCGCGUAUGGCUUCGGAUCACCGGCCGCUGGCGUCAGUGGACGCAUGGGCGACCAAGGCGGCCUGAGAACCGGUUGGUUAGCUGCGUUUGGCACGGAGGGGUAUGACGGGGAGCCGCCGUUGCUCGAGGAGCUAGGGGUCAACUUUGAACAUAUCCGCACCAAGACUUUGACCGUUCUCAAUCCCUUUGCUUCGAUCGAUAAUCAUCUUAUGGACGAUAGUGAUCUCUACGGAGCAUUGCUUUACAUCGUCCUGUACGGUACUUUCCUGCUCCUCUCCGGAAAGGUCUUCUAUGGUUAUAUCUACGGCGUGGCGGUCUUUGGCACCGUUGCCUUGCACAUGAUUCUCAGCCUCAUGUCCCCCGCCCUCGACACAGCUUCCACCCCCAACGCCGCCGACCCUAACAACUAUAACCCUCACCACAAACCUUCCAUGUCCAACGCCUCCACUGCCGGUCAUUUCUCCGCUACCCUGACCUUCCCUCGGUCCGCCAGUGUUCUGGGCUACUGCUUCCUCCCCUUGGUCCUUACAAGUCUGAUUGGCAUCCUUGUCCCGAUGGAUACCUUGUUCGGAUAUCUGCUGACCAUUGCCGCCGUUGGCUGGUGUACUUACAGCUCCUCGGGCAUGUUCUGUGCGGUGGCACGCAUGAGUGGGAUGCGGGGACUGGUAGCCUACCCGCUGGCCUUGUUCUAUGUGGUCUUUGGGAUCAUGGGCAUCUUCUCUUCUCGUGGCUCUGGCUCGCUCGCCGCGAAAACGGGUGCAGCUUGA